AUGAAAAGAUGGAUUUCCGUAUUUACCGUUGCUUAUAAACUUAUUCAAAUUUCAGUAGUGACAGAUGUAAUCAGUCAACGUUCAGCGAGUUCAGUGGGUACAGAAGAGAUACCAUCGUCAUAUCUGGAACAAGGAAUGGCUUCUACAAGUUUCACCGAUAAUAGUGGAGGAGGAGGCACUGGUGAAAAUGUAUCAGUAAGUGAGUCGGCUGUUACCAGACAUUCAUUUGCGCAUUCAAUGGCAUCUUCUGGUGAUGGAAAUUCAAGAUUAUCAUGCUCAUUUGAAUGGAGUGAAGUUGAUGGUGUGUCCGCCGGUAAAGCUGCUGCUUUGGGCGCUCUGUGUCGUAUUAUAUGUUCCAAAACAAGCAAAGAAGUUAUCACUGACUCCCAGUUGGCGCAGUUUUACAAAGUUGUUUAUGAAGCGUUAUUAGAAAAAGAUCGUUUAAUGCUAUGUGCACUCAUUUAUUUUGGUGGUGAUAUUUUUCGGUUAGCUCUGAAAAGUGUUGAAAUACUUUUGCCACAGUUUGUUAGAACAGUGGAAACUAUUUAUACAGAAUCCGUAAAAUCAAGGCUCCACCCAUCAAUUGAUGAAGUUCAGAUGCGUCGGGCUUGUCUUCAUGCUCUGUCCACUCUCAUUACUGCAUUUUUAGUUUCAGAUCCUUCAAACCCGCACAAUGGUACAAGUGAAAACUGCUCGACUUACAUUGAAGUUCGGCCAUUACUGCAUCGAAUUCUUAUUUUCGCUCUCUGCAAUGAAGAUGAUUCCAUGAAUCUAUUCCUGAUUUUAGCACUUUGUACAAUACUUUGUGAAGAAAGUUGCCUAUAUGACUUCAAUAUGAUCUUGGAACAAAAUAAUAAGAAAGAAAAGAGUAAACCGAAGAGAUUAGAAAAUUCAGACGUGGAACGCUGUGCACCAAUAAUUCGUUCCAUAGUGACUGCAGUAUGUGAUAACUUGUGUAAACCACAGUGGUCAUCAGAAUUAUCAGUAUGUUUGGCUGCACUGGACUGUUUAAAUACUCUUUCCACUAUACAUCAUUCAGUUUUGUUUCCUGAAAUUGAGUGGAUAACACAAGCUGAUUAUGACGUAGUUUCAGAUGACCUGUCGAUAGGCCUUCUUAUAGUUAAGUCACUUUGUCGUUUUAUCGACAUGCAACUUAUGAAGCCUCCGCCUUUACAUUCUAAAGAUUUACAUUCAUCAGUUGUGGCAGCAUAUUGUUCAUUAUCAGUUUGUCUCUGUGCCGCGCCAUUUCUGUUAGAAACAGAUUCUUGUUUGACAAUUGUUGCUGAGACCAUCGAAUUCGGUUUAACGGGUGGAAAAAACCUUCCUCCAGCGGAACGAAAAGCUGCCAGUAAACGGGUGGAUGAUGCUGCGGAAAACUUGUUAUACAUGAUAUUUUCAACUUUGGAUUAUGGCGUAUGUGAUAAUUUUGUCGAUGAGAAAAAACUGUUGUAUAAAUUCGAUAAUCAUGCUAUGAAUAUGAACAAGUUUAGGUAUUUCCUAAUUCGGCAGCAGACUCUUCUCUCAAUUCAUGAAGCUACUAACUUCUCUAAUAUUUGUGGUGGAUAUCUGUUUGUUCCACAUCAACCAUCACUGUUUCUUGUAUUGCGAACUCCUUAUCAUACUGCAUAUUCUUUACUUGUGCAACUGCAAGCACGACUUCCGGAAGCAGAUUAUGUGGGAAAAAAUACAGUCAAUGAGGAUCGGAAAAAUGAUUGCGUGCAGAAUGGUGUUAGUAACCCCAUAGAUCAGAAGAAAUCUGUAAAAUUUUUCCAGAUACCGUCGGAACUUGAGAAGCCGCUUUGUAAAUUAGAUUCUGUAAUUCCACCACUUCAAUCGACUCCAGAUAGUGAUCGUAUCAUUGCGGAAUUGACUGAUAUCCGAAAACGAAUGUCUCAGGGAGAAAGUUGUCUCCGUUCUUCAGACGACCGCAAUGUUUGGCUUCGUGAACCAUUUUCACAAGAAAUAUCCAAGCUGAUUGAACCAGCAAAGUCAGGAAAGGAUUGUAAUGCUGGUCGAGUUCUUCUCUAUGAUCUGGGAUUAAUAUCAGAAGAAAGCUAUAAAUCUGGUGAUAUAGUGCUUCUUGAUUCUUCGAGCUCUCAGUUUUAUAAUGAUUUGCAUCAAGUGAUAGAUCGUUCACCGACGAAAAUGCUGCAGAGUGUUCGUUUAUUUUAUGUUCGUGACGGUCAACGCAGUGCUCUAGAUAUUUUAGCCAAUGCGAUGGAUCUUCAGAAUACUAGCAGCCAGUUUUGUGCUUUAUUAGCAGAAUUAGGACAAGGUGUUGAAAUAAAUGCACAUCCUCAUUGGACUGGAGACUGGGCUACCGCUUUCUGUGCUGAACGCAAGCUAAAAAAAGAAGAAGAUUUGGAUCAUUAUGUCAUUGAUGGCUUAACUCAUUGUUUAUGGUGGACUGAUCCACAUAUCGAAAUAGCGUUCACAACACCUACAGAACGUAAUCGCAAACAACCAUCGUUUAGUGUUUCAGAUUCAGAUCGUAGUGCUGAAUGUGGCAAUAAUUUACCGUUUGCUAUCAGCUCUGAAACUCAUAAUGAUCUAGAGCACAUUACCACCAGAACUUUGCAACAUGAUUUUGGAGGUAGGCUACUGAGUCAAUCAUCUAGUGAGGAACGAUCAGCUGGACGUGCCAGUGGUAGCAGUAGUGGGAGGUCAAGUAAGUUACCUACUGAUGUGCUUCCAACAUUGCAUGCAAGAAGUCAUUCAGGUGUGGAUUCAGGAAUUGAAAUCAAAGAAAAUAACUCAGAAAGGAUAGCAUUUGUAAAACGCAAUUCAGAUCAGCGCAUAUUUGUUGUCUUUUUAGAAAGGAUUGAAGAUAUGCAUCACUUUCCCUAUGAAGAAAUGUUUCCUGUAACAAUGGAUAACUCAUUAUGCUGUAGUGGAAUGAAUACAAGACCUGAUCUAGUCGUGAUUUUCAUUUCCGAAGUUGAGAACGAACUAUUUCGAAUUAGUGUUUUGGGAGAUUGGACAAAAUGUGGCUUGCCGGGCCCUCUGAUUGAUGGUUGUGUUGUUUCCAGUAGCGUCUUGCCAGUUCUUCUGAGACAUACUAUUAUAAGUAUAGCAAGACGAAGGACUGUUGAAUUGGAAAAUUAUCAACUUGUUUCAUCGAGGCGUCGGCGGGCAAUCCAAGAAUUCGCUCGUAAAUAUGCUAUGAAGAAGUCAUAUUGUGAUUUCGUAGAAUCAUUACUGGUGGACUGA